UAGAAACCCAAAUCAUAUUUUAUUUGUCUCUUUUGAGAGGCAGGUUUUAGUGAUAAGUCAAAAAGAUAGAUACAAUUUUUUGAAAUUAUUUAAUAAAAACUGUUUUUCGAGAUGACCUCCUUCGGUUCUUCUGCGGUAGCUCUUCGGAAAUCUGCAAAAAUGUCGACCGAUUCGUUAAAUAUCGAGAAUGAUAAGACCGACUACAAGGACGAGGCCGAGCUGAUUGAAGCUCCCAUGGACUAUUCCGUCAAGCACCCGUUGCAAAACUGCUGGACUUUGUGGUACUUUGAAAACGACAGGAAUCAGCCCUGGGAGAAAAACCAAAGGGAAAUCGCCUCGUUCCAAACUGUGGAAGAUUUCUGGAGUCUUUACAAUCACAUCAAGCCCUCUAGCGAAUUGAAACAAGGUACUGACUACUCCCUAUUCAAAAAGGGCAUCAGACCGAUGUGGGAAGAUGACCAAAACAAACGCGGCGGCAGAUGGCUAUUCAGUUUGGAAAAGAAACAGCGCUCUAACGAUUUGGAUCGCUAUUGGCUCGAUAUUAUUCUGUGCCUGAUUGGUGAAGCUUUUGAAAACUCUGACGAUAUCUGCGGUGCAGUGGUCAACAUCAGAUACAAAGGCGAUAAAAUCGGCGUUUGGACUCAGGACGCCAACAACGGCACCGCUGUACUCGAAAUCGGGAGAAAAUUGAAGGAGCGUCUUCAUAUUCAAGCUCGCACUAUCAUCGGGUAUGAAGUGCACAAGGACACCAUGGAUAAGACUGGCUCGAGUUCGAAAUACUCCUACACAGUCUAAUAUUUUUCUUUAUUCAUACACAUAUAUUUUUCUUUUGUUAAUUUAGUUGAUAUUUUUAUAACAGUAAUCAUGGAAGUAUUUUGAGGUCGGACUUUUGCUAGAUGAAAGUCUCGUAACGCAUGUAAUCUUCAAAUAAAUACUUUGUUAAUUUUUUUUAGUAUUCUAUUAAUCAAUUUUUUUUUUUAAUUUGGCACUUAUCUUCCCUGAAAAUAAAUAAAUUUCCCUAUUGUAAAUAUAUUAAUUAUUUUUUUCCUACU